AUGCGUGCUUCAUCUCUUUUGCAGCAAGCCGCCGCUGCCAGAGCUCCACUGAUUAAGUUCAUUGGAAAGCGCACUGUUCCCAAAUCCGUUGACCGCUCUCCCCGGGCCCAUCCUGCCUCCCCUUCCUCUGAACUGCCCGAAUCAUUCGCCACCUACAGAGCCAAGGCCCAGCAGCAUGGCCCGCUGAACUACUCGGCGCAAACGAACGGAAUCUACGGCGGGGCCAUUGGAGGCCAGCCUGGUGCAUCGCUCGGGUCCGUGGAGCCGAAGAAGGGCGAAUACUUCGAUCGAAAUGAGCUUCCUGAAAGAUUCAGACGCCUGACCUGGUCACAAGAAGAAAUUGAUGCUGUCGAGACCGGCGGCGCCAGCCUGUUUGCAUGA